AUUUUUGGGUGAACUAACCCUUUAAUUCAUUUCAAUCCUGCUAAUCUCUUUCUCCAUUUCUGCUCACUACCCUCCAUGUCUUAAUAAUACUACAUAUCUACAUUCAAUCCUAUCUGUUCAUCUCAUAUUCCUUUUUGUCCUUUCGUUGAUGUCAUAGUUGCUGUGUCCGUGUUUAAUUGAGGAUUGGCUUGGAUUAGCUGUUUGAGAUAGCCUUAAUCUGUUUGAGUCACUGAGACAGUUUAUGAGAGAAGAGCUGAGUGUAAUCACAGAGAGUGCAGGACAACAGAUGGACCUGUGUUAGUUAACCUGACAGAAACACUAGAGGAAAACGACAUUUAUUAGUCAAAGAUUUGUAGAUGGACAGCGAGGUUGUCAAAGAACUACAGAGUGAGGAAGAAAUGGAGCAGGAACUGUCCUCUGAGAGAGACGAGGACAGCGAACAAGAGGAAGAUGAAUCUGAAGAGGAUGAGGAGGACAUGGCUGAAAUGCAGGGAAGAGUGGAUCUGAGGGAUAUGGAGGACUGGAAUGGGUUCAUUUCAGGAGGAGCACUUGGAGCUGAAGAUGAAGUGCUGCUGGACUGGAAGCCAGGUGAACCUGUGACUACUCAGUAUGUCCUCAGGCUACCAGGAUACACAGACGAUUACCUGUGCUCCCCAGAAGACAAUGUCUACAAUAUUAGCUUCUCACGCUUCAAAAUAAGAGACCUGGAAAGUGGAUCAGUCAUUCUGGAUCUAAAGCGAGUCUGUCCAACAGAAAUAAAGGAUGUCAUAGAGCUGGAUGCAGGCCGUUUCAUUCAGUAUCAUUUCAGUCCAGCUUUUCUAAAUCUCAGGGAGAUUGGAGCCACACUUGAGUUUACAGUGGGCGGUAAGGCAGUGAACAAGUUUCGGCUGAUUGAGAGGCAUUACUUCAGGGAUCUACUACUGAAGACAUUUGACUUUGAGAUCGGUUUCUGUAUCCCACACAGCAGAAACACCUGUGAACACAUCUACUGCUUACCAGACCUGGAUCCACACACCAUUGAGGAGAUGAUCAGCCACCCGUAUGAGACGCGGUCAGACAGCUUCUACUUCGCCAAUAACAUGCUGAUCAUGCACCAUAAGGCAGAGUACUCCUUCAACCAGGGGCUGGAGCUCAUUGAGAACCACAGCUAAACACUUCACAAUAAGGCAAUGUGAAUCGCAGUAUGGCUGCAGAAGACUGGUAAUAUAAUAUACAGAUUAGCGCUGUAUAUUUGGUUUCAUAAACCAUAAACUAUAUGAAAUAAAUAGGCAAAGGCAUGCCUUUGUUACUUUAUUGACGUUUGUGCUGGAGAGAUGUUUUGUUGCUUGCGCAGUAAUAAAAAAAAACCUUUAUGAGAAAACAUGCUG